AUUAAUCAUUAAAGAAAAUAUUUGUACAUGUACAAAAACUGGCUAACGAUGAAUAUGUAAAUCUGAGUUUCAUUCUUAUGAUUAUAUUUUGCUACUGACAAACAAGUUGAUAAAACAGGACUAUCAACAGUCUCAUUUGAAGUCAUCUUUUCGUAAGUUCUAUGGUCAAUAGAACGACUUUGUCAGCAAAUACAAUCUUCCACUGGGUCGAAUGCUGACUGACGUUUUUCAUACUAAUUGUCAGACCAUAAUUAAUCACCUAAUUUCGUCCAUUUUUUCCCGAUUACGACAAAGAGCACACGGCGGGUUAGACCGGUCAGCAGAGGAUGCUCAUUCCUCCUACGCACCUGAUCCUACCUCUAUCUUUUUGGAGGUAUUUCCACUCAGAACAUUCAUAUUCACUAUGACUGUUAUGGAGGAGGUUUCAUGAACGCCAGCUGCCCAGCAUCACAACAAAUAUAUCCGCUUCAAGUCGUUACAGGAGCAAAGAAUCUAUCCCUCAACUGUCCUGCUUUAUACAAUAACAUUUCAAACUUUGAUCAGUGUUGUAAGCCAGAAGAUGAAGAUAGCUGUACGGGAGAUUAUGUGAACGUUGACGAUCCUUUUCGGUCUUUUCAAUUUCACGAAAACUGUAUUGGGCGAAGCGAAUGUCCAAAUGUGCCUGUUCCAAAUAUGGACACUGCAUAUUUGAACUGUAAUCAAUCGCUUUUCUCGGCUCAGACUACAUUUAUGGCUAUGUAUUACAACUGUAUCGAUGAGUCUAAGAUUGCAAUUAUUGAUGGAACAAACAGUUUACAAUCAAACGACAGUGUUUAUCUUCAAGGAGCUAACAACGAUGGUGAAAUACCCGCUUUCAAUGUUAUGAAUAACUCUUGUUCCGUUGAGACACCGUUUUGUAAUAGUACACUUACAAUCGAUGUUCUAGAUUUGCGACUAGCAGACGAUGGCACAGACUGUAAACAAAGUCUUACUAUCGUCGACGGAACCCGCAGUGUGACCUUGACCUGUGCCAACAACAUUAACUAUACAGUAUACAGUGUACCAUCACAAACCAAUUAUAUAACUAUUACGUUCCAAAAUUCGAUGACUGUCCAAGGCGGCCAUUUUUGGCUAGAAUUUAGAGGAAUUUCCGAAGAAACUGUUCAAUUAAACUGUCCAGCCAGAUCGCAAGAAAUUGACUGCUCUGUAUCAACGAGCACAGAGAGUGAUCCAACGACUGUCACAACUACAUCAAGGUCGUUAUCAACAGCGAACCAAACAGUUUAUGAAUCAACAAGCACAGAUAACAUUCCAACAACUUUCACAACGACUUCAACAGCAAAUCAAACAGUGUAUGGAGAUACGCCUGCUAAGAAUGGGACGGACAAUGGGAAGGACAAGUUAGAUAUAAUAAUUGCAGUAGUUGCAACCCUCGUUAUCCUCUCUCUCGUAGUUGCUGCUAUUCUUUGUAUUUGGUUCAGAAAGAAGAAGAGAUCUAGAAUAUCAUCAGAAAAAUCAAUAGGGAAUAAAAAAGGUGCUUCUGAUGAUAUAGAAAGAGAUCAGAAAGAAAAUAAAAGUCCUCAGAUAAAUCAAAAAAAUUCUCAUGAAUGUCCAGGUGAGGAAGGCAAUCCUAACAACAACUUUCCUUUAAAUCAAAAUAAUAGUGACAACAUUUCUUCAAGGAAAAGGCCCAAUCAUUUGGAACCAAUAAUGAGUGAAAAUGGAGAUCAGGGAUCACAUAGCAAGAAAAAGAAGAAAAAGAAAAAGAAAAAACAAAAAGAUCAACAUACAAACUCCACGGAUGUCAAUGAGGGAAUUAUUGCUGUGAACAGUCAAGCAGAAAGCGCACUUGUUGAAAACGAGAAUAGUGAGAAAAUUCAGAAAAAGAAAAAGAACUAG